AUGGAGGUGGAGCAAGAGUGUACUACUCCAAAGAACCAGGAUUAUCAGAUACCGAAGCCUGUGGUGUGUCCGCCGGCGCCGAGGAAGAAAAUGGAACGCCAGCAAACUAAGCAGAACCCUCCGAAGAAUGUCCGGCUGUUUGGUGUUUUUGCCGCACUUCUACUGCCCGAGUUUGCGUUUUGCAUGACACGACACUACAAGUUCAAUAUUGUGCAGCAUAAUGUAACGAGAUUGUGCCAUACCAAGAGCAUUUUUAGCGUCAAUGGACGCUUUCCAGGCCCUCGCAUUGUCGCACGAGAAGGUGAUCAGCUCCUCGUUAAGGUGGUUAACCAUGUUUCAAACAAUAUCACAAUUCACUGGCAUGGCAUUCGGCAACUUAGGAGUGGGUGGGCUGAUGGACCAGCUUACGUAACACAAUGUCCGAUACAGACCAACCAGUCGUACACGUACAACUUCACAAUCACCGGGCAGAGAGGAACUCUCUUCUGGCAUGCUCAUAUCUCAUGGUUGAGAGCAACAGUUUAUGGACCUAUUAUCAUCCGCCCAAAGCGCAAUGAAUCUUACCCCUUCAGAAAACCAUACGAGGAAGUUCCCAUUAUUUUUGGGGAGUGGUGGAAUGCAGAUCCUGAGGCUGUAAUUAAUCAGGCUCUGCAAACAGGGGGUGGUCCAAAUGUUUCAGAUGCCUACACUAUUAAUGGUUUUCCAGGGCCAUUGUAUAAUUGUUCUUCUAAAGAUACAUUCAAACUAAAGGUGAAGGCAGGGAAGACAUAUAUGCUUCGUUUAAUCAAUGCUGCAAUGAACGAUGAACUAUUCUUCAGCAUUGCGAACCAUACAGUCACAAUUGUUGAAGCUGAUGCUGUAUACAUCAAACCAUUUCAGACUGAUGUAGUAAUGAUAACCCCGGGCCAAACCACCAAUGUUCUUCUAAAUACCAAGCCAUACUAUCCCAAUGCUACUUUCCUCAUGGCUGCUAGGCCUUACUUCACCGGCCAGGGCACUUUUGACAAUUCAACAGUUGCUGGUAUUCUAGAAUACGAGCACCAGUUGAAUCAUACUUCCAGUACGAAAAAGAUUGUUUUCAAGCCAACUCUUCCACCGAUCAACGCCACCACUUUUGUUGCCAACUUCACUGGGAAGUUCCGUAGCUUAAACAACCCUAAUUUGACCGCAAGUGUUCCACAAACAGUGGACAGGCUAUUCUACUUCACCGUGGGACUAGGCUCGAGUCCAUGCCCUAAAAAUACAACUUGCCAAGGACCUAAUGGCACAAAAUUUGCAGCUUCAGUUAAUAAUACCAAUCAGACAUAUACUUACAACUUCACUGUCACAGGGCAGAGAGGAACUCUCUUCUGGCAUGCUCAUAUCUCAUGGAUGAGAGCAACAAUUUACGGACCCAUCAUCAUCCGCCCAAAGAGAAACGAGUCUUACCCCUUCAAAAAACCAUACAAGGAAGUUCCCAUUAUCUUCGGGGAGUGGUGGAAUGCAGAUCCUGAGGCUGUAAUAAAUCAGGCUCUGCAAACAGGGGGUGCCCCAAAUGUUUCAGAUGCAUACACUAUUAAUGGUUUUCCAGGGCCCUUGUAUAAUUGUUCUAAAGAUACAUUCAAACUAAAGGUGAAGCCAGGGAAGACAUAUAUGCUUCGUAUAAUCAAUGCUGCAAUGAAUGAUGAACUAUUCUUCAGCAUUGCAAACCAUACAGUGACAAUUGUUGAAGCUGAUGCUGUAUACACCAAACCAUUUCAGACUGACGUAGUAUUGAUAACCCCAGGUCAAACCACCAAUGUUCUACUAAAAACCAAGCCAUACUAUCCCAAUGCCACUUUCCUCAUGACUGCCAGGCCUUACUUCACCGGCCAGGGCACUUUUGACAAUUCAACAGUUGCAGGUAUUCUAGAAUACGAGCACCCGUUGAAUCAUACUUCCUAUACAAAAAAGAUGGUUUUCAAGCCAACUCUUCCACCAAUCAACGCCACCACUUUCGUUGCAAACUUCACCAGGAAGUUCCGUAGCUUAAACAACCCUAAUUUGACUGCAAGUGUUCCACAAACAGUGGACAGGCGAUUCUACUUCAUCGUGGGACUAGGCUCGAGUCCAUGCCCUAAAAAUACAACUUGCCAAGGACCUAAUGGCACAAAAUUUGCAGCAUCAGUUAAUAAUGUUUCUUUUGCUCUUCCCACUACAGCUUUAUUACAAGCCCACUUCACCAAAAAAUCAAACGGUGUCUAUACCACUGAUUUUCCUACCAACCCACCAAAGCAGUUUAACUACACAGGGACACCACCCAACAACACUGUAGUGAGCAAUGCAACACGCCUUGUUGUAUUGCCAUUCAACACCAGUGUGGAGCUUGUUCUCCAGGACACAAGCAUUUUGGGUGCUGAAAGUCAUCCUCUUCAUCUACAUGGCUUCAAUUUCUUUGUUGUUGGUCAAGGAUUUGGAAAUUACAACCCAAACAAGGACACAGCCAAUUUCAACCUUGUGGAUCCUGUUGAAAGGAACACAUUUGGCGUUCCAGCUGGAGGUUGGGUAGCCAUUCGGUUCCUAGCAGACAAUCCAGGUGUGUGGUUUAUGCACUGCCACUUUGAUGUACACACAAGUUGGGGUUUGAGGAUGGCUUGGAUUGUGAUGGAUGGGCCACUACCAAAUCAAAAGUUACCACCACCACCAUCAGAUCUUCCAAAAUGUUGA